UCACCAUUAUCGUGUUGGCUCUAGAACAGCCUUUACGCUUCAGUCGAACAUUUCUAUAUUUGUCCAGUAACUUUUUGCACCUCGUAAUAUGGACGAUUACACCAAGCGACUAGUGCUUUGCUUCAGCGAGAAACUCGAUCAGGCCAAAGUGGGCUACAUCGAAUGGAACUCUUUCAAACUUAUGGCCAUGAGAGCCACUUUUCAGCAGUGCGGAGGUACUCACAAGGAAGACGUUUACGAGAUGUAUUUACAACAAUCUAAAUUGUGGUGGGACUCGUUGGUUCGCGACGUUGGCGCCGACGCUCAAGGACGGGUCCACUACAUCGACAUGUCCAACUUUGUUCGACGCAUUUCCAAAGAUGCCAAAGACUUUGAACAACUGCCGGAAUUCAUUAAAAAUCUAGCGAAUCUUGUCUUCCUCAUGAACGACAAAAAAGCUGACGGCAAAUGGGACUUGGAAGAGUACCGGAAUGGAGCUGUCGGUUGGUGCCGUUACGUCACUGGCAUCAGCGAUAUUGACGCAGCCUACGAGAUGUUGCUCACGGCAACGGACGUUGAUCGAACUAUUUCAUUUGAGCGUUACAAGGAGCUCGUCGUCGAGUUCUUCACGUCGGAGGACAGCAACACUCCAGCUCGUCACAUUUUCGGCCCGCUUGAACUAGCCAACAUCGAUUUGGCUCUAACUACCAGCUCCAAACAGUAAACAUUGCUGUGAGUGACGAUAUGAGAGGUCGAGACUGAAAGAGAAUAGUGAUUCCCCGACUGGAAAAGAAAAAGGAGAAAAUGAUCAUUUUUGUUUUAAUUUAAUCCUUUCUUUCCAUUACCUUAUCCUGUGUUUUUCCCUUUAGUUUGUUUUCUUUUUGGAUAUUACAAGACGCAAUUGCGCGUUUGCUUCUUCA